CCAAAGGAUUAGCAGUGGUCCCAAUCAAUCUAUACCCCUGUAACGAAAUGGCCAGCCACUUGCCCAAAGGUGGAGCCCUCGUCCUGGUUCUUAAUCUUCUUCUGCUUUCGCAAUGGGAGACGGAGUCCAAGCUGCUGACGCGUUGCCAGUUGGCCAAGGAGCUGUUGCGUCACGACUUUCCCCGCAGUUAUCUGUCCAAUUGGGUUUGUCUAGUGGAGGCUGAGAGUGGACGCAGUACGUCAAAGUCCAUGCAACUGCCCAACCAGAGCGUCAGCUAUGGACUUUUCCAGAUCAACAGCAAAAACUGGUGUCGCAAAGGUCGUCGUGGAGGGAUAUGCAACAUCAAAUGCGAAGAGUUCCUCAAUGACGAGAUCUCUGAUGACUCACGCUGUGCCAUGCAGAUCUUCAACCGCCACGGAUUUCAGGCCUGGCCCGGAUGGAUGAGCAAAUGUCGUGGGCGCACGCUGCCCGAUGUUUCGCGCUGCUAGGACUGCUUUUCUACUCGAUCUUAGCCUUAACUAACUCUAUGCAUAGCUACUAAAUCAUCACAUAAAGCCUAAGUCACUAUGUCUGAAACAAUGUGUAUUUAUUUUUCGCGUGAUUAAAAUAUUUUCAGUAUUUUCACGCUAUCAGUUGCAGAGGCUAUUGCAAAGCUUGUGUUUUUCCCCGAAUGCUAA